AUGGAUAAUCAAGAUCAGAAAAUCAAGAGUCUCGAAGAUCGGGUCGAGAUCCUACAGCAAGAAAAUGCACAGCUUCUGGAUCGACUCCGGACUGCGCCAGCUCACGGCUUAUGGCAAGCUGAUAAAGAUGUAGACUAUUAUCGUAACAGGCUUCAAUCGAUAAAUGGAAAACUGGGCGAAUGGGCACGGGAAUUUGCAACAACGAAGCCAGCUCCGUGGCAAGGCUUUUCGGACUAUGAAAGAUGGAAUUUCGUCAAUAAUCAAUUGAGCACCGUUACCAGACUGGUUGAUGGAGACGUAUCGAAUAUGCUGAAGACGACGGAGGCUGUCAGAUAUAUCCUUGAAAGUUUCGCAACAUAUCAUGUUUGUGUAAAGAUUUUUGCAAACCCGUUCUUCGGCUCACCAGAUCAUCGGCUGCAAGAUGCUGGCGAAUUAUCUUGGGUAUACUCCGUACUUCUACCCAAGGGCAAAAUGGCUGCUCAUACGUGGAGGUCGGAUACUUUGCGGGAACUUAGUGACCCAAGAUCUCCCAAAUUAAGCUCAGAAGCAACCGAUCGAUUGAAACAAGCUGCGAAAAACCAAACUGUACUGUUUUUGGAAUCUAGUAUGCGCUGUCUGCUCCACCAAAGCAAAAUGAAUGAAUACACAAGACGGUUGAGGGAGAUCUUCGAGCUGGCUGCGGAAACAGCUCAUGAUAUCUGGCGCGAGAGGGUAUCAAUUAAAUGUCAGACAAUGGCAGACUUCGACAAACUAACGGGCGAAGAAGGCAAGGGGGAUUGGUGGGAGGAUGAAGCACAAAAGGGUGAAAGAUUUGCAAUACUGCUGCUACGUCCCGAGUUGACGAUAGUGGAUGGUGCUGUAGUAGAAACUCCCAAUGACGGAAAACAAGAACAGGAACAGAUUGUUAUCAUAAGUGAUGCCGAGACAAUGUACGCCAAGUCAGGCUAGAGUCGAGUGAAGGAAAGGAGAAUAGAUAGGGCGAACAUGGACUUCAGCACUCAAGAUAGCGCUCACUGGGCUGGAAAAGAAUAACAAAU